AUUAAUUGUAUUAUAGAAGUUGAGGUCUAUGUGCAGGCCAAACACUCUUAAAUUCCGCUUAAUUAAUCUAUUGAGGCUGUUUCGUGGUGAAGCUGAAAAACUGAAACUGCAAUUUUUGAAGUGAAACCCUCCCGAACAAGACCUAACCGAGACUAAGAAGAUGUUUGAUUUAUAAGACUAAUUUUAGUCUACUUAUUUUAUUCUAUUUUAGUCUUUAAAUUGUUAAAUACGAAAACUAAAAUUUUCAGUUUCGGUAUCUAACAAUUUAGAAACUAAAAUAAAAUAAAAUAAAAGUAUUAAAAAUAAGUCACUACAAACCAAACAUCCUUAAAAAUAUUACUCCUCUAACCGAACGGGGCUGAAAAAAAAAAAUUCUAACAUUCCGCCACUCGUCCGUGCGCGACUGCGUGCCACUCGGCCCAAUCCCCUCCGUCCGGCCGUCCCCUGCCUCCCUCCCGGCCGCUUCCAAAUCCACCCGCCAUCCGUUCCGCCGUCGCCGCGAUGGACGCCGCGGAGGCCUCGGAGGUGCAGGCGCGGCUGGCCGCGGCCGUGCACGCGCUCAACCACGACGCGCGUCCCGAGGCGCGCCUCGCCGCUAACCAAUGGCUCCUCGCGCUGCAGCGGUCCCCGCAGGCGUGGGCAGUCGCCACCUCCCUCCUGGCCACCCCAGACCCGCUCCCGCCCGCCGAUCUCCUCUUCUUCGCCGCGCAGAUGCUCCGCCGGAAGAUCCAGUCUCCGGGCCCCGCGCUCCUCGGGCUCGGCCUGGCGUCGCAGCUCCUCGAUGCGCUGCUCCUGGCCGCGCGGCGGUUCUGCGCCGCCCCGGCACCGCGCCAGCUGCUCACGCAGAUCUGCCUGGCGCUCGCCGCGUUGGCGCUCCGCGCCGAGGGCGGCGUCGACGGCCUCUUCGCGCGUAUGCCGCACCUGCCGCCCCCCGCCGUGCUGGAGCUGCUCACCGUGCUCCCCGAGGAGGCUGCGCAGGACCAGGGCGGCGACACGGGGGUUGACGCCGCCGCGCGGUGCCGGUUUACGCGCGAGCUGCUCGCGCACGCGCCAUCGGUGCUUGAGUUCCUCCACCGGCAAUCCGAGAAGGCACCCGCCGAUGACGACGGGGUUCCCCUCGACGAGCGCAACCGCAGAAUCCUCCGGUGCCUACUGAGCUGGGUCCGCGUGAGGUGCUUCUCAGAGACGCCGGCAGCCUCGCUUGCCAGGCACCCACUUCUCACUUUUGCGUUCAACUCGCUGCAGGUGUCCUUCUCGUUUGAGGUGGCCAUAGAGGUUAUGACUGAGCUUGUCAGCCAGCACCAAGAAUUACCUGAGGCCUUUCUGAGUAAGACACCUUAUAUAAGGGAGGCUCUUCUUCUACCAGCUUUAGCCAACAGAAAUGAGAAAAUUAUUGCUGGUCUUGCCUGUUUGAUGUGUGAAGUUGGCCAGGCGGCACCUGCUUUGGUUGCAGAAGGGGGUAGCCAAGCACUUGCUCUCACCGAUGGACUUUUGAGAUGUGUAGCUUUUACCAGUGAAGAUUGGGAAAUUGCAGAGUCAACCCUGCAAUUUUGGUGUAGUUUGGCACAUUUCAUUCUUGGUAUUGAUGUGAAGUCAGCCAAAAGAAAUGUGGUACAAGAGUUGUUUGUGCCUGUGUUUUCUUCGCUGCUGGAUGCUCUUUUAUUUCGUGCUCAGAUGGACACUGAUGAGCAUGGUUCUGAUGGAGCACCUUGUAUACCUGAGAGACUAACACAGUUCAGGAUGAAUUUGGAGGAGCUCCUCGUUGAUAUUUGUUUGCUUCUGGGUGCCCCUGCAUAUAUAAACAGGCUCUUUUCUGGUGGAUGGGACUUUUCAAGCCAAACAAUUCCUUGGAAGGAGGUAGAAGUUAGAAUGUAUGCACUCAGCAUGGUUGCUGACACGAUUUUACAAGAUGAAGGCUCCUUUGAUUUUUCAAUCAUAAUGCAUUUUGUGAACAUUUUGUCCAGUAGAACACCUGUUGAACUGAAUGGAAAUUUGUUUUUGGUGUAUAAAUCGUUCGGUGAUGUCGUUGGCUCGUACUCAAAGUGGUUAUCGUCUUCUCAAUGUAACAUUAAGCCCUUACUCCUAUUUUGCGCGUCAGGAAUUUCAAAAUCCGUAUCAUCAAAUGCUUGCUCCUUAGCAUUGCGCAAACUUUGUGAGGAUGCUCCUUCAUUCAUCCAUGAACCACAGAACCUUGAAAUUCUUUUCUGGAUUGGUGAGGGCAUGAAUAAAGGGAACCUGCAGCUAGAGGAUGAGGAAGAGAUAAUUAGUGCAAUCACACAUGCUUUAAGUUCUAUAAGUGAAAAAGAGUUGAAGAAAAGUUCACUGGCCAGGUUACUUUGUUCCAGUUACUCUGCAGUGGAAAAGAUUAUUGACAUUGAUAGAGAUCAAUUGCUAAGGCAAAAUCCAGCUGCUUAUACGCAAUCAUUGGAUCUUGCUGUCCGUGGUCUCUACAGGAUGAGUGCUUUGUUUCAUCAUUUGGCAACAUCAGUCACAUCUGGUCUGGUCGAUGAUGAUAUAAUUAUAGUUCUUCUUGGAAUAUUCUGGCCACUUCUUGAAAGUCUUUUCCGAUCAUCUCAUAUGGAGAAUGUGCAUUUAUCUGCAGCUAUAUGCCGUUCUCUUUCUUCUGCUAUACAUUCUUGCGGACACCACUUUCAUAUUUUAUUACCUAAAGUUAUGGAGUGCUUAUCUGCAAAUUUCUUGCUAUUUCAAAGGCACGACUGCUUCUUGAGGACAGCUGCCAAUGUUAUUGAAGAGUUUGGCCACAAAGAAGAAUAUGGGGCUUUAUGUGUUAGGACUUUUGAAAUUCUUAGCUCUGCAUCUUCAAUAUCAGCUCUGAAUUCUUCUUAUACCUGUGAUCAAGAACCUGACCUAGUUGAAGCAUAUACCUACUUUACAUCUAUGUUUAUUCGCUGCUGUCCAAAGGAAGCCAUUGUGGCAUCUAGCUCCCUGAUUGAGUUAUCAUUUCAAAAGGCAGCUAUAUGCUCUACAGCAAUGCACCGAGGAGCUGCACUUGCAGCAAUGUCAUAUAUGUCGUGUUUUCUUGAGACUGCCCUUGCUGCUGUGCUAGAAUCUCCUGAGUGCAUCCCUAACGGGUCACCUGGUGUGGCCCUAAUCCAAAUCUUGGCACGCUGUGGUGAAGGUCUAUUAUCUAAUGUGCUUUAUGCUUUACUUGGUGUAUCAGCCUUGUCAAGGGUCCAUAAAUCUGCCACAAUAUUGCAACAACUGGCGGCAUUGUGCAGUUUCAGUGAGGGAACGACAUGGAAGGCUAUCCUUAGUUGGAAUUCUCUUUGUGGGUGGCUACAAUCGACGGUGAAAUCUUUGCCUUCUGAGUAUCUAAAGCAAGGGGAGGCUGAAAUAAUAGUUCCAUCGUGGCUCAAGGUGCUUCAGGAUGCAGGCUCAGACUAUCUUCACAGCAGGACUGGUGAUAAUAUAAGAAGCCAUCAAGGUUACAUGCAAGGGAAGGGUGGUAGAACUCUUAAACGUAUAAUCAGAGAUUUCGCAGAAAGCCACCGGAAUGUUCCAAUCCCCAGUCCUACAUGAUAUGGAUGUGUCACGAGUCUUGCACUCUUUACUGAUUUGAGGAUGUCCAGUCCCUCCAGUAGCUUGGAGUCUGACUCUAGAGAGGGGGUCCUUGUGGAACUGAUGUCCGUCCCGUCUCUGCUGGCAUGCUACAUGUUGGUUCCAUCUAUAGUUCAGCAAGAGGAAGAGGCUAUUUGAUUGUUCCGGACAUCUGGUUCGGACUUGGAGAGUCUUCUCUGUAUAGCAAGGAAGUCGCACCAUUGUUCUGCUGACUAAUUGGGGGUUGAAUGCAAAGUCUGAAGCCGCAUGUCAUGGUUCGAGAUCCAAUUUUGUUUUGAUAGACAUACUGUGAAAUUCAUUGUGCCGGUAAGCUAUAUGAAGACAAAAUGGGGGGAUGGAAUGCAACCUGUACAUACCAUUCUUUGCUGGUUGGGGCAGGCGAUGUACGAACAUUCAUAUGCAGCAGUGUUACUGCUCGAAUCUGGAGUUAAACAUGGGCAGUAAUGCUAGGCAUUUAUCAAACUUCUAUCAUGUCAGUCGAAACUUUGAACAAGUGUACAUAAUCAAAUAUAUUAUCAGAUAUCAUAAUUUUAUGGCAUGACUAUUAUGUUA